GAUUGGUCUAGCGCCGCAGGAAGUCUGUCGGCAUUAUACAGAAGGAGCUUUCAAGUUCACAACAGAACAACCAGCCUAGGUAACUUCUCGAACCGAAUCCUCAUUUCAUAUCAGCCACGACACUACUGCGGGUCUUUUCUCCGCAUUUGACGAGAAGAUUUUUGCUCUUAAAUUCCCGAAAAUACAGCGGAGGUCGAUUCAAACAUCACGGAGUCGGGAUGGCUGCGUACAAGUUGGUUCUGAUCCGUCAUGGAGAGAGCUCCUGGAACCAGGAGAACCGCUUCUGCGGAUGGUUCGACGCGGACCUCAGUGAAACCGGGGAGCAGGAGGCGAAGAGAGGAGGACAGGCGCUAAAAGAUGCUGGCUAUGAGUUUGACGUGUGCUACACCUCGGUCCUGAAGAGAGCCAUCCGGACUCUGUGGUUGGUCCUGGACGGGAUCGACCAGAUGUGGCUUCCUAUCCACCGCACCUGGCGCCUCAACGAGCGCCACUACGGAGGCCUGACGGGGCUCAACAAGGCAGAGACGGCGGAGAAGCAUGGCGAGGCCCAGGUGAAGAUCUGGAGGAGGAGCUACGACACCCCGCCCCCUCCCAUGGAGGAGGAGCACGACUUCUACAACAACAUCAGCCAGGACCGUCGCUAUGGCGACCUGACGGAGGACCAGCUGCCGUCCUGUGAGAGCCUGAAGGACACUAUUGCCCGGGCACUGCCAUUCUGGAACAACGACAUCGUGCCCCAGAUCAAGGACGGGAAGAGGGUUCUCAUCGCCGCCCACGGCAACAGUCUCAGAGGCAUCGUCAAGCACCUGGAGG